AUGCAGUUCUACGUCUUCAUCGCUCUCCUCGCCGCGGACAUUGCCUCUGCCUUUCAUGGAAGUCCUAUCCGCGUUGCAUUUGAAGGCAACACCCAAUUCGGAAAAAACACGCGGGAUGACCAGCGUCAACAUGUGCAUGACGCGCUCGUAUCAGCCUGUGAAGGCAUCGGGGCGCAGGGAUCUGACCCCCUGUCGGGUGGGUUUGACAGCGAGGGAUAUCAUUUCAAGUACGUUUGCAGCUGUGCUCAUGGUGAUACGAGCCUGCCGUACACUGUGCGGGUGGAUCCCUGGUGGUCUGCGCAGGCCACAUACUCCAGCGGUUGCUAG